AAGGUGCAAAUUGAGAAUGUUUAGAUCUUCGACAUUCAUUGCAUCGCGACUGCAAAGGUUGAUAACAAGCAGUAAACCACCGCUUCACCGGUAUCUGUCUGAGUCCGUAUAUAUUCAACCGAGUACAGCAACAGAAACAGGCUCCUGUUUACAAGAACGAAAGUUGGUCCGAUCUACUUUUGGUGCGAAUGGGAAUUCCGUUUACACGCGAUCUCGUGGGUCCGAUCCGCUUAUGGUUAUGGUUCCAGUUUAGAUCCGAUCCACUUUUUUCCUGUGUAAACAGGUAUUACGAAGAAACUUUUUACACCUGGGCCCUUGGAAGUCAGCUACGAGACUAAAUAUGCAAUGCUUAAAGACCUCGGUCAUCGGGACCCUGAGUUUGGCAAUGCGGUAAAGUUCAUCAGGCAGAAGCUGCUUGAUAUUGCAUACGUUUCGGGAGAAAAUUAUACGACAGUACCAAUACAAGGCAGCGGUACGUUCGCAGUAGAAGCUGUGUUUGGAACAACAGUUCCAAGAAAGGAUGGUAAAGUCCUCAUUAUUACAAAUGGGGCCUAUGGUAAAAGAAUAGUGCGAAUGCUGGACAUGAUGGGAAUCGACAAGAUUGUCCUAGAAGGAUCGGAGGAUGCAGUAGCAGAGGUACAGGCUGUGCGAAAUGUGCUCUCAGAAGUCAAGGAUAUUACGGCUGUGUGUAUGGUGCAUUGUGAAACAAGCACUGGAGUUGUUCACCCAGUCGAAGCUGUAGGGAAAGCGAUCAAAGAACUGCAACCAAGCGCCAACUUCAUCGUAGAUGCUAUGAGCAGCUUUGGUGGAAUUCCUUUGAACCUCAUAGAUGCAAACAUAGACUUCAUGAUUAGCUCAGCAAAUAAAUGCAUUGAAGGUGUACCAGGCUUUGCUUACGUCAUCGCAAACAAGGACAAGCUGUUACAGUACAAAGGAUGCUCGCAAAGUCUAAGUUUGGAUCUGGUUGACCAGUACUUGACGCUUGAGAAAACAGGCUUGUUUAGAUUCACAGCACCAACUCACACAAUGCUUGCUUUUAAAAAGGCUUUGGAAGAAUUCGAAGAAGAAGGAGGCAUUCUAGGUCGCGCUGCAAGGUACAAAAAGAACAGGAAUAUCCUGCGCAGAGGCAUGAAGGAAAUGGGAUUCAAAGAAUUCCUAGAUGACACACACGAUGGAUACAUAAUUACAUCAUACUUCUACCCAGAAGACCCGAACUUUUCUUUUGAGGAAUUCGAUGUCAGAUUGGGAAGCAAAGGCCAAGGGAUAUAUCCCGGUCAGCUAACAGAAGCUCGUUGCUUCAGGCUCGGUAACAUUGGCCAGUUGUAUCCGCAUGAUAUGGAGUGCUUGCUGAAGUGCAUAAAAGAAGUGCUGAUUGAAAUGAAUGUAAAGGUCCCACUAUGUCACGAUUGAAAGCGUUUUCCCCUUUUGCUUUUUCUUGGCAUGGCGACUGGAUCACAAAUGUAACGAGUUCGUAGAAAAAGUGAAGUCUUCGAAAGAAUGAAAGCACAGAAAAACUUUCAUGACUAUUAUCAUAUUUAGCCUUAUGCUAAAACUAGAAACUUUGGAAAGGGUAUCUGGUACAGGAGAUUCCAGCUAAAUAUUCCAGCCUUAUAUUCUUGGGAUAUUAUAUCUGAAAUACUCCUAGUUUCACUGCCAGGUCUAACGAAGUAGAAGGUAACAGGGCGUCUGUGGCGUAUGGACCGCGAACGAUUUAAAACCAUUUUAUUUUAUUUUCCUGAAGCGCCUAUCUGCUCUACAUUUUAGAGUCUCUAAAUAUUUCCAUAAUAUAGAAUUGAGACUUUCCUUAUUUGUAUCCACUUUUAGAGGAACAAAGUAAACAAUAUUUUUACAAGAGCGAAAAAAUAGUCCCCCUCCCUCUCCUCUCCUUUGGCGCAAAAACUGCUUAUUCCUUGAAAAUGCUGACUUCAGUUAACAUGGCAUGGUCUUGAGAAUUCUAUUUUUAACUCUAAUUUGUGAAUCUUUAUUGCAGAUUUGAUUUUUUCCCAUCUUGGAAAAUUUCCUUUUCAAAAUCUUGAUUUUUCCUUAGCCAUAGGGACACAAAGAGAAACACUAAAUUUUCUUCACUGCUGGCAGUAAACUUUGGCCUACCCUUGGUACCAGACUCACUAUAUAUAAAAUAAAAUUAUUUGUGAAUUAUUUUAUUAUUAUGUGACUCUAUUAUUUUAUAUAGUGAGGCUGGUACCCAGGGUUAAACUGGCCAGAUCCCUUCUCAAUGAUAGCACUAGAUUUCCUGUAGCAUAUCACGAUCUUUCGAUUGUGUCUAAACAUAUCUUUUGUAUAUCAUUGUGCAGUAUAUUCAUUACAUUAAAUGAAUCAAAUAUAUUCUUAUUGAAAUCUAGAUUGUUUUCAAAAA